CUCAGCCCUGGGCAAGGCCUCUCUCCCAAGCAGCCCACAAGCCUAGACCCUCCACAGGAGAAGCCCCUCUGGAGUGCUGGGCGAUGGUCUCCCAGGCCUCCCAUCUUCCUCCUGGUCAGAACUCCAGGCCGCUCAGAAAUUUCUGCUUCACCGGCUGAUCUUUGUUGCGAUGCUGCAAGAAAAUGCCAGUGAGGAUGAAAUCACAGACUAUCACGAACAGCUUUUCCAGAAGAUUUCACGAUUCCAUUUGGGGGAAGCAGCCUCAGGGGUCCUUCUCAUCUACUCCCAGAGCAUACUCCACAUUGUAGAGGCCUCCAGCGGCACCCUCUACCACAUCCUCAUGGACCUGACCCACUUUGAAGAUCAGGGAGCAGCGGCUUUAUUACGAGAUAUUAAGAUAUUGGUAAUGUCUCAUAACAUCCCCACCAGACUUUUCUCACAGUGGAAUGCCACCAAAGUGGAAGUGCCUGUAACUUUGGAAGAUGUUACCCAGAGCCAGACCACAGAAGAAGUUAUUACUGAGUGUCUUACACUUAUUCUCAAGAUGGGAGUGUAUCUUGCAACACUCAAGGUGGGCAACAAAGGCCUGGGCGAGUGCCUCCACACUGCUGUGCCAGAGCUGCUGAUCCCAGCAGAAACGAUCCAGUAUUUGUGCAGGAGCCAAGAAUGUUUGAGCCCGGCGGAAUUUCUGAAGAUGUACAACAAUCCUUUGCAGCCACAAAUGGAUUCAGAAACUGUAUGGCCUACUCCUACUCAUAUGUCUACAUGAAACCCUAUGGACAAGUACCUACCAAUAUGUCUAAAGAUGUGUUUACAAAUCCCAAAGCCCUAGGAUGGAGUUGGCCUGAGAACUUUAAUGUCCAUCUCUUCACCCAUGCAGAAGAAAGACAAAGCAAGUAAUAAAGUUGUCAGGAAGACUUGA